GGCGCGCUGGGCGCGCUGCGAGCGGCCGGCUCGCCGCCCGCGCCCAGCCUCGGCGCCAGCCGGCACAGUCUUAUAGAAAUGAUGACGUGCCGGCUGGGCUCGCGGAGGCUGGGCGGAUCUCGCGGUUCGCUGCAAGCUGGCACCACGUGCUCCGCCGCCAGCGAGCUGGAUCUCUCCUCACGAUCUCGACGGGCGCACAAAGCCAGGUUAAAACUACUGAGCGCCAGCGGCGAGGCUCCGUUGUUGGGGGGCUGGCGGAGCACGCCGCACACGCCGCACGCGUCAGCGACACCGGCGCCGCACCACUCACACAAUCACCUCGCACCGCAGCACUGCAACGGCACUGAUAGUGGCAGCAGAGGAGGUCUCCGACGUCGCUCCACCUACGCAAGCGGCCGACUGCGCUCUGGGCCGCACUGGUCGUUUGUUUUUGACCCCGCCGGCCGAUUGUGCUACUAUUGGUCCAUGGUCGUCUCGCUAGCCUUCCUUUAUAACCUAUGGGUUAUAGUCUACAGGUUCGCUUUUCAAGAAAUAAAUGGUGAAACAUUAAUAGUGUGGUUUUGCCUCGACUAUUUUUCGGACUUCCUAUAUUUGGCGGACAUUUUGUUUCAUUUUCGGACGGGAUAUCUAGAAGAUGGCGUGCUACAAACGGAUGCGGCGAAGCUGAGAGCGCAUUACAUGAACUCUACCACGUUCUAUAUAGACUGUCUGUGUUUGUUGCCGUUGGACUUUCUUUAUCUAUCCAUCGGCUUUAAUUCAAUAUUACGUUCGUUCCGAUUAGUGAAAAUAUAUCGUUUUUGGGCGUUUAUGGACCGAACUGAGCGACACACAAACUACCCUAACUUGUUUAGGUCAACAAGUUUAAUUCAUUAUUUGUUAGUGAUAUUCCAUUGGAACGGGUGCUUGUACCAUAUAAUAUAUAAAAACAAUGGUUUCGGUAGUAAAAACUGGGUGUAUCACGAUACGGAAACGGCCGAUGUAGUGAAACAGUAUCUUCAAAGUUAUUAUUGGUGCACAUUGGCGCUCACGACAAUCGGUGAUUUGCCGCGACCACGCAGCAAAGGGGAAUAUGUGUUCGUGAUAGCGCAGCUCUUGUUUGGAUUGCUCCUGUUCGCCACGGUGCUUGGUCACGUAGCCAACAUCGUCACCUCAGUCAGCACGGCCAGAAAAGAAUUCCAGGCUAAACUGGAUGGGGUGAAGACCUACAUGCGCAUGAGGAGAGUACCAACGCAUCUGCAAGUGAAGGUGAUCAAAUGGUUCGACUAUCUCUGGCUCACCCAGAAGUGUUCCGACGAGGAGAAAGCGGUUUCGUGUCUGCCGGACAAACUAAAGGCGGAGAUAGCUAUCAACGUACAUCUAGAUACCCUGAAAAGGGUCGAAAUAUUUCAAAAUACGGAGGCGGGGUUUUUAUGCGAGCUAGUGCUGAGGCUUCGACCGGUACUAUUCUCUCCCGGUGACUACAUCUGUAGAAAAGGUGAAGUCGGCAAGGAGAUGUACAUAGUGAACCGAGGGAAACUGCAGGUCGUAGGCGACAACGGCAAGACCGUGCUGGCAACACUUAAGGCGGGUUCUUAUUUUGGCGAAAUUUCCAUUCUGAACAUGGGCACGGCAGGCAACCGUCGGACAGCAUCGGUGCGCUCCGUCGGCUACUCGGACCUGUUCGUACUUAGCAAGAAGGACAUGUGGGACGUGCUCAAGGAGUAUCCCGCAGCGAGAGUGCGCCUCGAGGCCAUCGCCGUCAAGAGACUCGAGAAAUACAAAAAAGCACCACUCGAAAAAGUGGCAAUGGGUCGGUGCCAGUCGACGCCCGGACUCGUGGAGACGAGCGGGCGCAUACCCAUCGAGGAGAUGCAGCUUCCGGCCGCACCGCUGCCGCCGCCUCUGCACUCCUCACACCCGCCUUCUUAUCGGGACCAGCUUUAUAGUUCGUCAGUAAGUCCUCUUCGUGUAGCAUCCCCGGUGGCGUCGUGUGCGUCAAGCGCUCGUAGUAGCGCGGCGGGGGGUGGAGGUGGGGGUGCGGGCGGGGGUGCUCCCCGCGCAUUCAUCGACUCUCAUGAGGUGCUCGAGAGUGAGAUUAAGCGACUGCGCGAGCGACUCUACACUGUCGAAACCGAAAAUGCCGCAAUGUCCGCGAAGCUGAGCCAGCAGCAGUGGGAAGUUGACCAAAGGUUGCAAGAAAUAGAGAUGCAGAUCUGCGGCGGGAGCUCGCUGAGCUCUCAGGAGGAGAACGAGAGGAACCGGGAGAGCAUUAUUUAACAGCGCGCCUCCGCCGAGCGAGGGUUGCCGCCCCCCGCACUCCGCCUGUCCGCCGUCUACUGACAAGCGUCUACAUAUUCACACAUGGGAAGUUUCAAUACGAAUUAACUUUAUCAAAUUUAUAUAUACCUAGUAUAUACGACUCGCUGGUAUUUGACGAGCGUCGUGGAGUGAGAUUUUGUCGAGACAAUAUUAUUAUUAUUAUUAUUAUCUUAAAUCGUUAGGUACGUCGAAGUGUUCUAGAGUGCGCGAGUGAGUUCGGGCGGCGCCACGUCUCAGGCCGUACUGUUUACACUCAAUGUUCAUCGGUUACGUUGUCCUAAAGGAUGCUAUUGUGUUUCCUUGGCGGAAUGUAAUGAUGCGUUGUUUAUAGAUUGAAUAAUAAUACAUUGGGAUCGUUGUAAAUGUCGAUAGAUACGUUUUGGAAUGUUAAUUAUACGUUUUGUUUUCGCUGACGGUUCGUAAAUACGUCGUUACUAUGUUUUCAUGGUGAGUUUGAACAAAUUGUGUACAAACGUUUGUCGUAUACCCCGUUGUAUUUGAUCCGGCACUGAGUGCCAAAUGAUAACGAGUGUUCGAAUAAGAUUUUCUUUAACACAUAGAAAACGAAUGGAUAUUUUCUUAUCCAUAAAUUUGAGCUUUAAUUAUUAUAAUAUCCCGGAAGACUUGUAACAUAAUUAUAUGUCACCCUCAUCUCUUUAUAUUAUGUUUACAUACAAAAAAGACUAAGUUUUUUACAGUCUAGGGAAUUAAUUUUUUUGACGCCAUUUUGUUUCCGUUUUUAUUCCUGUGGAUAUUUAUUACGACGAAUAUGGAACAAUUUUGAACAAAGAAAAGAUGUAAAAUCGAAAAUAAUAUAAAUAAUGUAAUUUGUUACAUAUUUAAUAUUGAUUAUAAACAUAUUGUAUUUUAAGGAGACGUAGCCAAAACUGGUGAUUACGUCAUUUUGGUAAUUAUAAAGAUCACUACUGCCAAAUAAGAUUUAAGUAGGUAAAAAUGGUUUGGAUGUAAAAUAAUUGAACGAUGAUCAAAUGUAAAACAGUUUUGUACUUGCAUUAGUAAUUACAAGUAAUUUAAUUUCAUGGCUUACGAAUUUCAAUAUAUUUUUUUGUGUAAAACGUUUUUCAUUUGACACGUUUUUAGGAUAUAAAAAAAACUGUACCAAAAAAUGUGAAAAUUAAAAUAAAUUAAUAAUUCAACUCUAAAUAAAUUGUAAAUACUUAUUAUAGUAUAUAUGUAUGUAUGAUGCGUGUUUUUAAGCUGUUUUCACGAGACUACAGUUGUUGUUUUGAGAAGGAAAUCUAUGAAGGCUAAGCAGGACGGAAGCGAGCGUCGGUGAGUCUUCAUUUGUUUUAAAAAUCAAGACCAGCAGUUUAUAUACAAGUUGUACAAUAAACACGAAAUGUAUAAAAUAAGGAGAAUAUAUAUAUAUAUAAUAAUUAUUAUUAAAAUAGGAUGAUUUGUUAUAGCUUUGAUUUAAAUUGCAGUUUUAGAAUUUUAAUCUCAAUUUUAUGAAUAUUGUUUUGUAUUUAAUCAUAUAAUAUUAUAAUGGAAACAUGUGCCAAAAUAUGCAUGCCAAUUUAAUUUUUGUAUUUGUAUGUAUUUUUAUCAAUGAAUUUAAACAGAGAAGCGUUUUUUAUGAUGCGUAGUUCGCGUCAUUUGUGAGAUAUUCAAACUUUAGUUUGUUAAACCACCGAUUUAUUUACCGUUUAAUUUUUACAAUUGAUCAAUACCAUAUUCAUGAUUAAAUUUAUACCGAGAGCAUGUUUGGUUUCCAUCAACAAACUUUUUUGCCUCACAAUACAUUCUUGAAAGAACAGAAAUAAAUAUGUGUCGAUUCUUUAUGUUUCAGAGAUAAAUAGAUAGGCGAUAAAAAUUUGAACUGUAAAUAAAAUAUUUAUUUAUUGUUAUUUAUUAUAUUCAAUAAAAUUUUCUUCUUACAUAUUUCACGAUUAUAAAUGGUAAGAGAGAUGCAUGAUGCGUUUUAAAUAAUGUUUAAUGAAAAACGCAAGCGCUUUUAUUGUAAUCAGUAGAUUUAUAAUUCUUCCGGAAACACACACCGAUAUGAGAAUGAAAAUGUACAAUACUUAGACAAUUCAUAGUUUUAUAAUUGCGUAAAUUAAUUGUUAAGUGAUCGUUGAUUACAUUAAUUGGGUUUAACUUAACACGUAUCAAAUUCAAAGUGAAUUGAUUAAAAUGAAUGUUACGAAAUAUUGUGUUACCCGUAAAUACUUUUUUGCAAUCCACUGUAACUUUUCAUUCUCACGGUUAACAAGAGCUCAGUACAAUUGAGCGCAACGGACUGCAAUUGAUUUCGUAACAUUAUAAUAAGUAACAUUUCUUUGACUUACGAGAGGGAAGCAGAGGGAAGUUGUUCACGAAUGAUCGGAGCGAAUCUGUAGUUUUGCAGUACCCGGCUUGUGCAUCUUUAAAUCGGGAGUUUAAUUAUGUACCUAUCGCACAUGAUUAAUUUUAUUGUUAAUAAAAAGGUCAUGAUAAUAUGAA